CGCGUGGCCGUUCGCACCGUCUGCCCGGGGCAACAGGUUGACGUUCGCCGACGCUCCAAACGGAUCCCUUACCUUGAGAGCAAUCCGUCCCGACUCGUGGACUCAACACCUAUCAUCGACAAUCGAAAACACACGACGUCGGAGCAGAAGACAAAACUUGCAUCUUGUCGUCUGUUUUGCAUCGAGAGAGUGCUCAUCUCUGUAUUGUGACUCGAAACAAAGUUGUUGUUUUCCUCGGAAGUGCUUUUUCAUCAACAUGAAGCUAUAAUAACAACUUUGUGGGUGAUGGCAGACCGCAACGGACCGCGCUGAUUGUUGUCGACCUUCCAUCGUGCGGUUCACGCGACUUUGUGCUGUGCGGUGGUGUCUGCACGUGAAAAAGCUUCGUACUCGAAGCAGACGGUGUCGGUUCUGCUGGAACCACGAAGAAUCGCGUAGAUAUUCUGCUGUGCGAGGAACCCCCGUACGUACCCUGUCAUCUCAAUGACACUCUUCGUCGCACUCCUGUGUCUAGUUGAACCUAGCAACCGUUCCCUCCCCGAGCCUGAGAAAGCAGGCUAUGCGACCCCCGCAAUCUGAAGCCCAUAGUCCGCCGAAUUCCCUACCAGACCAAAACCACGAGCAACCGCCAGAUCUUACAAUACAGCAGCUGAGGGACCAAGUGGCCCAAGACACAAUCGCGUUGCAGAUCAGCCCAGACCGUCUGUUGGAAUUGCAACGUCAGUUUGCCGACAAGGAGCGACUUCUGCAGGAAUCUCAGACUGCCCUCUGCCACAAGCUACAGCAGGCGGAGCACAACAUCUCGCAGCUACAAAGUGCCUUGGAACAAACCCAGUCUGAACUCCUGAAGGCGAACAGCAACACUAAUGGAAGCAGGUCAGACGAACUGGAGAUGCUCAUGACCGAUCUGGACCGUACGAAUCACAGGGCAGUGACGGCCGAGCACGAGUCCGCCAGGCGGCGACAUAGUAGCAGCACUUCCCCUCCACCCAAGGCCGAAAUGGACAACCCCAGCGUCCCUAGGACGACACUCCAAAUAGAGCUUGCCACCAAAGACAAAGAGAUAUCGCAGCUAGUCGAAGAUAUCCGAAGGCUUCAGUCAACAGUAGAUUCACUGAAAGAGUCAAGUGCCUCACAGAUUGCUCAACUAGAAAAAAUGCUUUCGGAAAAAUCGAGAAUUAUACAAGAGCUGGAAGAGAAGCUAGAUCACCAAAGGGACUACGAAGACCUCAAACGGGAACUAAGGAAUCUGAAGAUGAUGGAAGACAGUGACAACGCCGACACGAACGAAGACGCCGACGUCCUCUACGACAAAGGUCGUACGCCACCUUCGACCAGACGUCCGUCCGCGGAUUCCCCUUCCCAGGGAGCUCUCCCUGCGACGCGCUGUCUCCAGAAUGUGGAAGCGUUCGGUUCACUGCUCGGGGAAGAGAUCGUAUCAAACUUCUCGCGCAUGAUGAAGACUGAGCCCUCCGCGAGUCCUCCCGCCACACCAAAGUCAAUGGACGCGGAGUCCACGGAACCGUCAACACCGACUAAAACACCUUCUGAUGAUGGCUGCGGGGAACCGGUAUCUAUCGAGCGGCUUCAGGAGUGUCUGCGCCAGAACAUGGAUCGGUACGCCAGCGAGGCGCUCAACACGGGGAACAUAUCUCGAGUCGUUCGGGAACUGCUCAGCGUUCACAAUGUGGGGCAGCGGCUGUUUGCAAAGUUUGUCCUGGGACUGUCGCAAGGCACCGUGAGCGAGCUGUUGUCCAAGCCCAAGCCAUGGGACAAGCUCACCGAGAAAGGGAGAGACUCCUACCGGAAGAUGCACGCUUGGGCCUCGGACGAGGCUUGUGUUGCAAUGCUCAAGGCUCUCGUACCCAAGAAAGGCAAGGAAUCGAACGUUAAUUCGUUCCGUCAAGAGGACAUCGCCGCGGAAGAACGGAUCGCGCAGAUCCUCAGCGAAGCCCAGCAGGCAAUGAUAACACCCAAGAAAGAGAGAAGUCCGGUGCCCAUGAUCCAGAUGUCGCACCAGAACGGUUCUUCUUCCAAUGCUGACGAUUCCCACGGGGAUAGCGACGGAGACGGUGACAACAAUAGUAGUAGCGGCCACAAUGGAGCCCAAAACCUCAGCUCUUCCACCAGGGACGUCAAGAGGACGCGCAAGUACGAGAACGAUGAUAUUCCCCAGGAGAUGGUUGUGCGUAUCUACCAAGAAGAACUGGCCAAGUUAAUGGGUCAGCGUGUCGAAGAAAGCUUCAGACAACAGCAGUACGAACGAACACACGAGGAGAUCCGCCAGGCCCUGUCCAUCUAUCACCAGGAACUCUCAAGGCUCUCGCAACUCGCGUUAACUCCCGGCCACGAGUUUACUCGCUUUGGUGCAGCUGCCCUUCCAGGGGCCUUGCUCAACGGGGCCUUCCCUGGCCUCUCACUCGGCCCUGAAAGCAGAGGGCCUCGAGGAAAUGACCCUACCGAUGCUAUGCGGCACCAUGGAAGUGCAUUUUCCCUGGUCCGCCCUGGACUCAAGUUCCCCGGCACUCCAGGAGGAGCCGCUCACAGCCCACCUGGAGGAGGAGGAGGAGGUGGCGGAGUCCUCAACGUGCUCCCAGAUGGUCCCGGAGCUCCUGGUGUGGAAGACCUCGGCUCAUCGCCACUGCAGCGAAUGCAAUCCAUUACAAAUUCUCUGCUGUCCCAGAAUGCUGCACCCCCAAUGCCAACGAGCAAUCAGCGCCAAGCCAAGGCGGUGCUGCCACCGAUUACUCAGCAACAGUUCGACCAGUAUAAUAAUCUCAAUACCGAAGAUAUUGUGAAAAAGGUAAAGGAACAACUGAGCCAGUAUUCGAUAAGCCAGCGCCUCUUUGGCGAAAAUGUCUUGGGCCUCUCUCAAGGCUCAGUGUCGGACCUUCUGGCUCGGCCCAAGCCCUGGCACAUGCUCACACAGAAGGGGCGCGAACCCUUCAUCCGAAUGAAGAUUUUUCUGGAGGAUGAAAAUGCCGUACAUAAGUUGGUAGCGUCGCAGUACAAAAUCGCACCCGAGAAACUGAUGCGCACCAGCGGAUUCACGGCAGCCACUAGUCCUCUCGCUGCAACGUCCAGCAAACUUCCUCCUUCUAAUCCUCGAUCUCGAGACCUUCCAUCUCCUCAUCAUCAUCAGCGCAACAACUGCGAUUCUUCUGGCUCCCCUCACCUGAGCAAAGGUGGCUUCAAUGCCACGGGCACCGAGGUGGCCCUCAUGCAGCAGGACUGUCCAGGUGGCCUGCCACCCCGUUCUCUGUACCAGCAUCCACCAUCGAGUCCUUCGUUAGGCCGCAAAGGCCCACAUCAGCCGCAUCCGCCAUCGGCACGGGCUCUAUCCUACAUGCAGCCGUCUGUAUAUGAAAUGGCAGCGUUGACAACGGAUCUGGACACGCAAAGCAUCACCGCUAAGAUUAAGGAGACCUUAAUGGCGCACAACAUAGGGCAGAAGAUCUUUGGCGAAGCUGUGUUGGGCCUCUCGCAAGGCUCCGUGAGUGAGCUGCUAUCGAAGCCGAAGCCCUGGCACAUGCUCAGCAUUAAGGGCAGGGAGCCUUUCAUCCGCAUGCAGCUCUGGCUUAACGAUCCUCACAAUGUUGAGAAGCUACAGGUCAUCAAGAAUGAGCGAAGAGAAGCCAACAAACGCAGACGCACCCACAUAGACUUGGACAUGACAGCGGCUCGUCCUCUGGAGCAACCACCUCCUCCGAGUAGCCUCCCGCACGGUACAAGUCCAUCGUUGACGUUCCCGUUCGCUGCCCCAUCUUCACCGUACCCCGCUGCCAAGAAACCUCGCGUCCUAUUUUCGGACGAGCAGAAGGAAGCCCUAAGGCUCGCCUUCUCCAUGGACCCUUACCCAAGUACGGCCACCAUCGAGUUCCUGGCUGGCGAACUCAACCUGUCGGUUCGCACCAUCACCAACUGGUUCCAUAACCACCGCAUGCGUCUCAAGCAGCAUGUCGUGUCGCCCAACCCGGACGACCCGCCGCGGCAACCAGACAUCCUGGCUAAUGCCAAUAGAGAUGGUGCAGCUUUUGAUCCAACGCUCUUCCGUAACCUCCUCCUUCAGCGUUUGACGGACUUGCACAGCGGGGAGAAGUCAGCAGUUGGCAGUGGAAGCUACGGGACCUACAAUAGCUACUCGCCUUCGUCAUCAUCAGCACUAGGGAACGAGGACAUGACGCUGGACCUCAGCAUGUCUGGGCAGAAUUCGCAAGGAACCCGCCGAGGCCACGCCACAUCCUCCGCCGGCGAUCGAACGCCGAGUGAACUGAAUGAAGAAGAGGACUCCAACUUGUCACAAGAGGACACUCCUCCCACAACAGCUGCCGAAAGCAGCGAUCGUGACUCCUUACACGAUGACUCUGCACGUCAAUCCCUCAACAGCCACAGUCGACGGCGGAAACCCGCCAUGCCUAAAUGGGUCGACCCCGGCCUCUCUCCGGACUCCGAGGAUAACGAAGACGUGGACGACGGCAACAAUAACGCCGAUGACAGCGAAAAUGGCAUCAUCAACGGCGUCUGCGUCCGGCAAACCGACUUCGGUAUUCGCUCCUCCUCCUCCCACGAGACUGUCAGGGUCGACCCGGUUCCUGCCCAUGACGCUCGCCGGAGAACCUCUGAGGCGACCACCAGGGGGGAUGACUUUGAAGAUGAGGAGGAAGGUGCUCUCGAACUCUGUACCACAAAGGAGAAAAAUUCUCGAGAGGAAGGGCAACACAGGAUGAGGGAAGAGAACAUUCGAAGGCUGGAACAGCAAUUAGAACGCGAAGACGCUAACGACGACUGGGAAUUCUGAAAGGACACCUUUAGUGGACCUUGUAUGAGAAUCUCGUCUGGUCGUCGAGUGUUCCAAGGGACAAAUGCUUUCUGAAGCCUGGUGGAAGUGUCUGGGACUUGGCACGUUCAAAGUGAAAGACACAUUUCACCCCCCGAUCCCACCCCCACCCCCGGUGCACUGUGGCCUUAUACGGUGUGUGUUUUCCAUUUAUCAUUCGCGUAUUAGCGUUGACGUAUGGCACUGGAGACUCAGCUGCCUGCCGUGGUAUGCGCUGGACGUGUGCGUGAAUGUGCGAAUGUGUGCUAAUUGUGCGUCUGUUUUAAGCGAGCCUGUUUCUCGAACGUUCUUUAUUGGACCCGAAGUCUUUGAGGCUGGCUUUUCUGGUGCUGAUACUUUUGCAAGUUUUACGUAGUGAUAGAAAAAAAGGGAAUUGUGUUUUGUAUAGUACUGACAUGGACACUCGCCCCGGUGAAACAUUCUUUUACGUUUAAUUUAUUUAUGUAAUGUGCACAGCCUUCUCUUUUUCUCGUUGCUGUUGGUUCCCCCUAUGGUUGGUAUGGUAGUGACACUAGAGGCAUUCAGACAUCCCUUGUUUUUUUUCUUUCACCAUUGCUUGGUCUUACCAAAAGAGAACUUUCGAGGCCUUCGUAGCUCAAUUGUGGCACAUACCGUAUUUACUCGCAUAAUUAACGCCCCCCCCCCCCCCCCCCGCCCCCCAAUCUAGGGCACCCAUACCUUAUCAUGUACAUUGACUUUAGCAGCGGAACCGACAGUGCCACACUGCCACAGCAGCAGAGAGCGAGCGCCGGUUUUCCUCACGCAAUUAACUCUAUACGUUUCUGAGUUGAAAAAUGUGUUAAGUAUGCAAGUAAAUACGGUAUUCGUUACGUUGCCUCUCAUAUGGGUACUUCACGCAGUUGAACCUCAGCAGCUGCAGUCACAAACCUAUCAAAUAUUUCCUAUAGUGAAGCACCGAGGACGUAAUACUGGGACAUGGUUCUGGCAAAGCACUACAAGAGCAGGACACUAAAGCUCAGUGUUGAUUUGGCAUGAAAGAAAAGGUUGUAUGUGCCACAGGAACUGUAUAACCCAAGAAGAUGUCGCUAAGGCUUUGUCGUACCCCAAAACGAACAGUGGAUGAGUUGGGAAAUCCCGAAGAGAGUAAUGGCGCUUUAAAUGCGGAAAAACGAAUCUAAUUAACUGGUAAUUUGAAUAAAUAUAGCUCGCAUAUUGAAGUGGGCCUAGAUUUUGGACAUACCGAAUAAUAUCAACCUACCCAAUGAAUGGAACCAGCCGAUAAACUGGUAACUUGAUUUAGUGAAGUUCUGCUGGAUUUCAUCGGAGCAAAGUGCUGGGGUUUGGAAUGGCCAACAUAACCUCGAGCUUGUGGACGGACCACAUGUUGUCCAUUUAUUCCAUACACCAUCUUGCUUGUCUGUUACCUCGAGUUGCUGAGGUUCCUCUGUAUUUUGUCUGAGAGUGAAGUACCCAGCAUUCCUUUGGUUUCAUGGUUUUUGAGUACAAGUCCUUUUCAUGCCAAAGAAGUCGUAGAGCCCCCUCUUGACUAGCAUCCCUCACACAACUUCAUUCUUUGCCCCAGUCACACGUGCUAGUCCCAACAAAUGCAUCAACUCCUUUUCUUUACUGGAUUUAUCCUACGGACUCAAGGCAUGGGGCAAACCUCGCUGGCCAUACCCAGCACAUUGUUUUGAGCUCAGUCUAUUCUUACUUCACUAGGAUUAGCAGCAGUUGCUGCAGGAACUGGAAUUGAUUUGAAGUAUUCAAUGGGAUUCAAUUCCUCUUCUCACAAACGGUGUGUUUGAAGUGCGUGAAAACAAUACAGCUGUAACAGCACCAAAAUGUACAGCUACCUUGCCCAGCAAUGAGAACGAAUAAGAAAUUGAUGACAAAAUGUGAUUGUUGCUGCCUAUAGCUUUUCUCGAGCCUUUUUGAUAUUGUCCUCACUCUCGGAUCGAGUUGUCCCCUCUUAAUCACUCCGAUCAAUCUUAUCUCUCAUGACCUGUAUAACGAUUGCUCAUUUUAAAUCUCUUUGUAUACGUGCCAACACUUGCAGCACACGAGACAUCUCUUGGAAACUCUCGCAUAAUUCUCCGCCGAGUACUUAACUGUCGAUCGAGUACUCAGAAUUAUUUUUUCAUGAAUUAGAGAAACGUGGCUAGCAGUUUUGUUUCUCCCCAGGUCUCUUUACCGCUGUCCGUGGUUUGACAUUAUCUGGUUCGAUGAUGGAAAUAUAUAUAUAUAUAUAUACAUACAUACAUGUAUACAUAAAUAUACAAGGAGUUCUUUCAAUGCAUUCAAUGCAUUUUUUCUCACUUGUACGCGCAGGAUGUUUCCCACCCGGUUUUAUUUUUUUGUUGACAUGUCAAGUAUCGAUGUGACACGUGCUAGUAUGGGAGUCCAACUCCGUAGCUCGUGUCCCCCCUGUCGUUGUGUUUGCAUGUUCUUCGACUUGUGCUUUCUCUUUGCAGAGUGACAUACGGUUCAGUUCGUAAGCUCUCAGGCACUUGCAAUUUAGAUAAUAUAUUCCUAGCCUAUUUUUGCGUGCGUUACCAACAGCUAGCAAUGUUAUACAAAACACAGAAAAAAAAAAUGCAACUAUCAUGUCCAAGAUUGGAAACUUAUAUAUAUUUGUCUUACAUUUCAGAUUGGUUGAUGAUUGAUGUUUAUUAGCACAAAAGCAACCGAGGCCAUACGUACUGCGCCAACCACCAGAGUUUCCGAAUGAUGGCUGCGUGGUCUACUUGUUUCUGUUUUUUCCUGCAAACCAAAUUAAUUUAUUACCGAAACCCCCGACUUGGUUGUUUUUCUUUGGUGCGUAAUAAAAUAGCCAAUAGCUUCACUUUUACAACCUAUUUUUGUUACCUGCCCAAGAACUUACGAACGAUACCGUAACUGUAAAUAAAUGCUGUGAAAAAAAAAAGUGACAAGUGCUUACAUAAUUCAAUGAGCAAAACUGGUACUACUUGCUGUCAGUGCUAAUGAAUGUCAACCUUGUGCAUUUUUUCGCAAACAAAAAAAAAACCUUGUUGAAUGAAAAAGGAGAGAAAAAAACUUUGGUGCUGCAGAAUGCGACCAAGAGCACUUUUUAGUCUAACACCACCACCACCACCAGUUGCUACUGUUGCCUCAAGCUCUCCCUUUUAAGCUUGAAGCCUACAAUAUCUGUACAUACGAUAUCAUGCCAUUUUUUCCCCAUCCACCCGUACUUCAAUUUCAAACAUUAUUUCCAACGCUCCUUCUCAUUUAUGCCUUUCUCUAUAUCAAGGGUGGACUGAGACAAAAAAAUCUUAACGGCAAAAAUCUCGGACCAGGCCACGUCAGGAGACUCGCAAUAUUUCUUUCCAGUGUGGGGGGGGGAGUUGUACCAUGACGGAUGGCCCACUGGGAACUUUUCCGGUAAGGUCUACGGUCAGUCCAACCCUGCAUAUGAAUGACACAUGGUCUCUAUGAUGACAUGUGUCGUGGCAUUUUGGAUAAUAUUUGAAAAUCCUGCAGUUCAACGUGAUGUCAUGUAGUUUGAGACGUGCUGCCAAGCAAGACACGCAGUGGAACUGUUCAGAAACAGACGACAACAAAGCUCAUGAAACACUUCCGUUACACAGUGAACCGUUCUGCGUUUCUUAACCGAGUAUCAACAUUUUCCAAUUUCCAGAAUUCAAUGACAUACACAAAGUUUGGUGCAGUCUAGUACCCUUCGAUUGUCUGCCUGUGGACAAGUUUUGGACUGGGGCCUAGACUCAGCAAGACCCUCAUACCUUCUAGAUGUAGACUAAGGAAUGUCUUUUAUUCCCUCCCUUCUCAAUUUGAAAGGUACCUCAAAAGGUACGCUUUGAAAAGCCUAAACUUCAAUUUUAACCUCGACGAGGCGUGGAUUUUGUGCGUGUGUAGAAGAUGGCUCACUCCACGCAAUUUCUUUGAUCCUCGACGAAGACUCGUUAAUCUCUCUUCUCGACGCUCCUUAUUCCUUUCCUUGUUUUUCAUAACUUUUUCAUGUGUGAGUUGUGAUAUGGUUAACUGCCACCCCUGUACACAUAUUAUAUAAAUAUAUAUAUAUAUAUACCUUUUCUCGAUCAUUGCUUGUUGCCUUCCAUAUUACAUUAUAUCAGCCUAUAUAUACAUACAUAUAUAUAUAUAGUGUAAAUAAAAGAAAACGGUGUGUAUGAGAAGGAAGACCCGUCUUUUGCUAACUGGUCGAAACAAUCGCAUGGAGCUAUCUUUUUUUUCUAUGUACAUGUAAAAGAAAAAGUGUCAUGAUUUGUUGUUCCUUCCCAGACAGUCUUUCCAUGGUUGCUUGUUGGCUGGUUUUAUUUCGAGUCAACUGUUCCCUGUGUGUUGUCGAAGAAGUGUGGACAACUGGUGUGCAAUGUAUUUAUGAGUGCUUUUUCUUCUUUUGUCUUGUACAAAGAGUUUUGUUUUUGUUUUUUUCUGACCACCUUCGCUGUCUCUGCACCUCGAAUGGAUGGAUGGAUGGGUGAAUGGAAUCUGUAACUCAUUUUAAUGAGGUCUGUGCUUUGACACGGAGAUUUUUCUCCCCCGUAUGCUUGCACACGGACCUUCCUUUUGGACGCGAGUGCAAGUGAAACUGUAUGUUUGAUAUUAAGAUUCAUAUUACUAUUUUUAUUCUACUUUCAGAUAAUAACUAUAAUAAUAAAGUUGAUCUUCACCCGUGUC